AUGUCUAAAUCCAUAGAGAAGAGAGUUUGGCCAACGCAGAGCAGUCUUAGGCAGCUGGAAGAGUUUCUCAGCGUAACUUUGAUUGAGAAAGUGGAAAGGAGAAAGCUGACAGAAUCCCAGUUACUGGAUCUUUCUGCGAAGGAACUGGGACACAUGUUCAGUUGCGAUGGAGAAAAGCUUUACCAAACAAUGCGAAUGUUACCGCGGGUAGAGGUGGACGCUACGCUCAAACCUAUCACUUACACUAUUAUGCAAGUGUCAGCUACGCUCACUCCAGCGUUUAUAUGGAAUGAUCGCUUGCUUGGCAAAAAUGGAGCGCAGUCAUUUUGGUUGACACUGGAAAAUAUUGAUGAGAAUCUUAUAGUACAUCAAGAAAGAAUUGCUAUCAAUAAGAAGAAGGUGCGUAUGGGAGAAUCGCAGAAUCUUAUCUUCACCAUCCCAAUUAGAGAUCACCAAUUGACCAAUGUAUUCCAAUUACGGGUUGCUAGCGAAUAUUUUCUUGUUGAUGACACUGUGGUGGCGCUAUCUAUGCAUAAUUGUAUACUACCGAAGUCUUAUAAGGCCCAUACAGAUCUUUUACCUCUUGACCCAUUACCAGUAAAGGCCAUUGGAAAUGAAUUAUUUGAAUCUAUAUAUAAUUUCUCUUACUUUAACCCCAUACAAACUCAGGUAUGCUUUCCACUUUUCUAAAA